UUUGGCCGUUCGUGGCUGCGUAGUCUUAUGUGGUCGUGCGAAGAGGUUAUGUGCCCGUUGCAAUAGAUAACAUUGGUCCAAGUUGUGUUUGUGUGUGUGUGGGUUAAUUCCAAAUUGUAGGUUAUGAGUAAAUGGUAUUGAGGUAAACCCGAUGGUAUAUUGUCAGGUAACAGGAACCUCCGGUAGCUUCCAAAUAAUUAAUGUAUCAGCUAUUGCUUUUAGCACUGUGACAAUAUGACUACCAAUCGACUUGAACCAUGCAUUAAGCUGCCAUUGGAAAAUGAAAUUCUGGAGGAUAUUGUUGACAAGGCAAAGGACUGGGCACUUAUGCAUGGUGCUGGUAUGAGAUCAAAGGUGAACUUCAGUAAGGACUCUCUUCAGUUUGCUCCAUUUAUUCUGCUUCCAUCGACCUUCCCACGGGAGGAAUUCAAUAAGGCCACAGAAAUUCAGAUCAUCCUCAAUGAGCUCAUCCAUAAAGUUGCACAUGAUUAUGGGUUUCUGUCUUCAAGUUUGAAAAGCACAGUAGAAGUUGAUGAGUUUACGAGCAGGUUGUUCAAGAUAUAUGAAACAGUGCAUAAUGAAGGAACAGCUCAGCCUGUAUGUCUAGGAUUGAUCAGGUCAGACAUUAUGCUGGAGUCCCAGUGCACGGAGAAUGCUUGUUGCACCGUAACUGGGCCUUACUGCUGCUGGAAGCAGGUUGAGGUGAACACUAUUGCAUCAGGGUUUGGCUGGCUAGGUCCAGCUUCUGCUUCUAUUCACAGAUAUGUACUCCAGGAACUGGGACAUGGUGAUAAGAUAAAAAAUGUGCCAGUUAACACAGCUUUGGAAGGUUUGUGCGGAGGAAUGCUGGAAGCAUGGAAGAUUUAUGGUGACCCAAAUGCAGUAAUUUUGUUUGUCAUCGAGAAUAUAACAUAUAACAUCUGUGACCAGCGGUUUCAUGAAUUUGAAAUCAGACGUCAGAACCGCAUGGUAGUUGUUAUAAGAAGAACUCUGACACAAAUUGCAGACACGGCCAAACUGGGGAAGAAUAAAGAACUUAGCAUUGAUGGUCUGUCUGUGGCAGUUGUUUACUUUCGUUCUGGAUAUGAGCCUGCACAAUAUCCUAGCAGUAAGGAAUGGGCAGCCCGUCUAAUGAUAGAACGAUCCUUGGCUAUAAAGUGCCCUUCUAUUCAUUAUCACUUGGCGGGCACCAAGAAGGUGCAGCAAACCCUUGCCACACCAGGUGUUUUGGAAAAGUUCCUGACUGACCCAGCCAAGGUUGAUGCAGUGAAAGAAAUAUUUACUGGUCUUUACUCUCUUGAUCUGGAUGAAGAUGGGAAUCGGGCAGCUGAGAUGGCUAUAAUGAAACCAGAGUGUUACGUACUGAAACCACAGAGGGAAGGUGGAGGUAAUAAUGUAUAUGGGGAAAAGGUUCGUGAGGUACUGCAGUCUAUGACUGAUUCUCAGGAGAGAACAGCAUGGAUACUUAUGGAACGUAUCAUACCUCCAGUACAGAAAGGAUACAUGAUUCGGCCUGGUGGACCGGAGGUCCCUCAGUUGGUUGACUUGGUGUCAGAGUUAGGUAUAUUUGGAGUCAUCAUAGGGAAUGCAAGCACUGUGAUUGCAAAUCGGCAAGUGGGCCAUAUGCUGCGCACCAAACUGAGUAGUGCUGAUGAAGGGGGUGUUGCUGCUGGAUCAGGGGCACUAGAUAGUCCCUAUCUCAUUGAUUGACUCUGUAUUCACAUACUAAAUGUAUUUAAAUAAUCCCAUUGGUGAUCCUGGUUUUCUAUAGGUGUAUGUAACUUCUGUUUCACUAUACAUUAAUAUCUCCUAUUUCUGUAUAACUUAAUGUGAUACCAGUGUUACUGCCACUGAAAAUUAUGUUUAGCAUUUGUGUACAUUUUUCAGUUAUGUUUGUGAGGUACUGGACCUUGAAUGUUUAACCUGGUUGUAUGUGUAUAAUUUACACUUUUCGGGCAUUCCACUGCUGUAAGAACACUAUUGUAAGAAAGUUUAUAUUUUUAAGUAAGAUGUAUUAUAUAAAUGUAACAUGAGUUCUGUACAUAUUCCUUUAAUUUUUAUUUCAAAACUGAAUGUGAAUUGUAUUUUGCAGAUCGGUGUUGACUUAAUUCUUUGUUCAAGGUUCCUGAAGCUGGAAAAGCCUCUUUCCCUUACUUAAGCUUUCUCGUUGGGAAA